AGCCUAAAUUUUAUUUUCUUUCUUUCCGAGGUUUUAGCAUAAUUAUCAAUCACCGGCGGUAAAAAGAAAUGGCGGUUCCGGGAAGACACAACUUGGAUGGCGAUGACGAUGAAGAAGGAAUCCUUUUUGUUGAAGAAGGAGCGUUUCCGGAACAUGAUUUUGAAGAUACACCCCCUCACCUUCGCGACCUCGCCGCCGCCGCUAUGCACGGCGAUCUUGACGGACUUCGCCGAGCCCUAGAUAAUUUGGAUGGCAGCAUUGAUGAACCUGUUGAGGAUGGAGAUACUGCUCUUCAUCUCACAUGUCUGUAUGGUCAUCUGUCAUGUGUCCAGCUAUUGUUGGAAAGGGGAGCUUCAGUGGAGGCUAAGGAUGAAGAUGGUGGGGUUCCUCUACAUGAUGCAUGUGCUGGAGGAUUUAUGGAGAUAGCCCAACUCUUGAUUGCUAAAGCCAAUUCUGCAGAGGGUUUGAAACGAAUGCUUGAAUCUGUUGAUGUAGAAGGGGACACUCCUCUUCAUCAUGCGGCUAGAGGGGAACAUGAUCAAAUUGUUCAACUUUUGCUUUCAAUUGGGGCAUCACCUACUAAGACAAAUGUUUAUGGAAAGACCCCAGGGGAGCUUGUUGAACCGGACACACAAACUUGGACAAUCUUAGAAGCCGCAACCAGACAAAGUGCAAUGGCAUCAUAGGUGUAAUGGUCAAAUCUAUAGAUUUUGUUUUUGGCUGUUGAGAAGUUAAAGGAGUUUAUGACUAAGCCAGUUAUUUUUUAUAGGUGUUGAAUGUAAUGGUAUUGUUGCAAAAGUUCUGAUAAUUUGCUGUAGAAAAGUCUCACUUCGGUAUUUAAAUUUUUUUAUCCAUUUGCAAUAUUUAAUUUCCUCAUAA